CAAUAAAGUUAGGUUUCCCGUUGUCAAUUUUUCGCAUAAAAUUUAUUUGAAUGUUAAUAUAAAAAGAAGUAAGAUUUUUUUUUCGAAAAAUGUUUACGUAAUCGAUCACGACGAUUUAAAAGUUAAGCAUCUAAGAAAAAUGUCGAUUUAUCGAGUGUUGCACGUGAGAAGGUAGUAUUCGACAGGUUAAGAAUGCGAAUAUAAAUGUGUUUACUAAAUGAAUUCCGUGAUGAUUUUACCGUUAAAACCAUCUUCGAAAAGUCUCUUCAUGAUGAUCAGGAAAAAAUUACACAUGAAACUAAACAUCUCAACUUUGCUGAUCAUGCUGUUAAUUGUUUUUUUAUGUAUACAUUAUUUGUCUUCUACAAGAUGUUCCUCCAACGAGCAAGAGGUAAGGAACAAGCCGAAAGUUAGGCUUAUAAUACUUGUAUUCUCUAGUCCGGAUAAUCUAGAACGAAGAGCCACUAUCAGAAAAACAUGGCUGGCCCAAAAGCAAGCCACGGUCAAGCACUUCUUUGUAGUGGGAACAUCAAAUUUACAACAGGAACAAAGAGAAACCUUACAGUCUGAGAAGCAGAAGUUUGAUGACUUACUAUUGUUAUCAAGACUGCCAGAUUCUUAUGGAACUCUGACGAAGAAACUUUUGUAUGCACUUAAUGAAAUCCAUGGAUUUUAUGAAUUUGACUUUCUGAUGAAAUGUGACGACGAUACAUUUGCUCUGGUACACAAGAUUUUAAAAGAGCUAGACAAAUGGGAUGGAAAAGGGACAAGGAAGGAAUUGUAUUGGGGAUUUUUUAAUGGAAAAGCACAAGUGAAAAGAAGCGGGCCAUGGAAAGAGACAGAUUGGAUACUGUGCGACUACUAUCUUCCUUAUGCACUUGGAGGGGGAUAUAUCUUGUCUUAUAAUUUAGUAAAGUUUAUUGCUACAAAUGCAGACAUUUUAAAAUUGUAUAAAGCAGAGGAUGUGUCUGUCGGUCUUUGGAUAGCACCACUGGCGAACAUUGAACGAAAACACGACGUACGUUUUGAUACGGAGUACAGAUCGCGUGGAUGUUCCAAUCAGUAUAUAGUUACACACAAACAGACCAUUGAGAACAUGAAAAACAUGCACGAAUAUUAUCAAGCGUCUGGAGCAUUAUGCAUAAAAGAAAUAAGAACUCGUAUGAGCUAUCAAUACAAUUGGACAGUUCCACCUAGUCAGUGUUGCAAUUUACAAUCGGAUAUUCCAUAACAACCAAACUUCCUUUUUUUUAAUAUAUUUGAUAUUCUAGUCAUCACCUAUUUUAAAAGUAUUACAUAUAUUUUAUCACUAAAACUAAAUUUGUUGUUGGUAAAUACCAACAUCAUAAAUUUUUUAUUUAUAUCAACGUGUCUGUAAUAUUUCUAUUUAAGCAAUGAUGUUUUAUAGUUUUUGCGGUUAGUUAAACGAGAAAAGCCAAUAAAUGAAUAAUUCGAA